GACUGGCUCUGUGAGCAGGGCCGUUUUGGCCUGAAGACGCCAGAUCCCAAGAUCAAGGUGGAUCCCGAGGUGGUUGCCAAGCUGGAUGAGGUUCGCAAGAUGAAGGGAAUGACUCCACGGGCAGUUAGCGACGAGGAGGGCUAUGUGGCGCGAUCCUCGGACAUCGACUUGGCCUACAUCUAUGGCUAUGGCUUCCCACCGGCCAAGGCAAGGCGCCGUCACCCAAAACAUGCAGAAGCUGACAACGGGAUGGAAGUGGAGGAGAUUGAGGAAAGAGGGGGCGUUAGAUUUGCCUCAUUCUUCUCGCGCAGUAUCAUCCUCGUCCUGCUCCUCCUGCUCGCCCUCCUCUUCUUCGUGAGCAUCAUCACCAGUCGUAUCUACUGUCAUUUGUCUUCAGUUAUCAUCAAGAUCCUUGGUUCUGUUGUUCUUGCGGAUUGUAUCCGAAACCAGCUAUCUUUCUUCAUGGUUUCCCGCGCGUUUGUAAUGCCACGGCAGGGCGGCCCCAUGUUCUACGCGGAGAACUACGCAGGGUUCAAGAAGAUCUUGGAGCGUGUGAAGUACUACAAUCAGCAGGCUAAGGACCGCUUCACAAAGAACUCGAGUUACCUGCCGAUCGACUACUUUGAGCCUUCCAAGCUCCUGGAAGCGUGCGCCGCCAAGGAGGGCACCAAG